CUGUCACAGCACCCACGGCAUUCGGAAUCUGCUCGCAGCCCAACCGCCUCGCUAAGGAUGCUCCAUCUAAAAGUGCAGUUUUUGGAUGAUUCCCAGAAGAUUUUUGUGGUUGAUCAAAAAUCAUCCGGAAAGGCGCUCUUUAACCUGAGCUGCAGCCACCUUAAUCUUUCGGAAAAGGAAUAUUUUGGAUUAGAAUUCUGCAGUCAUUCUGGAAAUAAUGUUUGGCUGGAACUGCUGAAGCCCAUAACAAAGCAAGUAAAAAAUCCUAAGGAGGUUGUUUUCAAAUUUAUGGUGAAAUUUUUCCCAGUGGACCCUGGACACCUUCGGGAAGAACUCACAAGGUAUCUUUUCACUCUUCAAAUCAAGAAGGACUUGGCUCUGGGAAGGCUCCCAUGCAGUGACAACUGUACAGCAUUAAUGGUGUCGCACAUCUUACAAUCAGAACUAGGAGACUUUCAUGAAGAAACAGUUAGGAAGCAUCUGGUACAAACCCAGUAUUUCCCAAGCCAAGACUGUUUAGAGAGCAAGAUCAUGCACUUUCACCAACAGCACGUGGGCCGGAGCCCAGCUGAAUCAGACAUUCUGCUACUGGACAUAGCAAGGAAAUUGGAUAUGUAUGGCAUCAGACCUCAGCCUGCCAGCGACGGCGAAGGGAUGCAGAUCCACCUGGCUGUUACUCAUAUGGGAGUACUGGUGUUACGGGGAAAUACAAAGAUUAAUACUUUCAACUGGGCUAAGAUUCGCAAGUUGAGUUUUAAGAGAAAACAUUUUCUCAUCAAACUUCAUGCUAAUAUUUUGGUGUUGUACAAAGACACUUUGGAGUUUACCAUGGCUAACCGAGAUGCGUGCAAGGCUUUCUGGAAGACUUGUGUGGAGUACCAUGCUUUCUUCAGGCUUUCCGAAGAGCCCAAGUCAAAGCCCAAGACCCUUCUCUGCAGCAAGGGCUCCAGUUUCCGCUACAGUGGAAGAACUCAAAGGCAACUUUUGGAGUAUGGGAAAAAAGGGAGGUUAAAGAGCCUGCCGUUUGAAAGGAAACAGUACCCAUCUCAGUAUCACGAGCGACAGUGCAGGUCAUCACCAGACAUUCUCUCCGACGUGUCCAAACAAGUGGAAGACCUGAGACUUCCCUAUGGCAGCGGCUACUACCGAAAUGCGGAUGGAACACACACAUCUGAGCCUAUGCUAGACAAGAGGAGGAGGAACUCGGCGGUAGAGGUGACAUUUGCAGCCGAGCUGGAGAGAUCCAAACCAGAGGCAGAUCCCACACUGCUCCAUCCAUCCCAAAGCAGUUCCUCUUUCACCUUUGUUUAUGCAGAUCCUGUCUUCAACACUGACCCGGAGCCCAUAGACUUUUUUGAGGAACGGAGCCCUCUAAGCUCCUUCCAGACAGGCUCGAAGUGUGUGGACAAUCACUUAAGCACAUCUCCUGCUUUCCCCAGCAAAGUGAGUCCAGCAAGGCAGCUCACAUACACCGAUGUGCCCUAUAUUCCUUGUACUAGCCAGCAGGUUGAUAUCAUGCCUCCUCAAGUCUUUUUUUAUGUGGACAAGCCACCCCAGGUACCCAGGCGGUCUCCAGUCAUGGCAGAAGAAAAUGUCAGAUCAGACAGCUAUCUAGAUCCCAGUGCAGUAAAACCAGUCAAGAGGAGCCCCAGGAAUAGCAGGAUAAAAAGUUUACAGCAAGACCUUCAAGAAGCUAUGGCUAGAACUUGUGGGAGGAGCAAUAUCAGUGUAGACCUAGGGGAGGAAGAUCCACAUUUGGAUGAUGCUUUUGCAUAUAACCUUAAAGAGCAAACUCCUAAACGAUCUCAGAGCCAUUCAGACAUGAAAACUAUCCGUUUUCCUUUUGGGUCAGAAUUUAGACCUUUAGGGCCUUGUCCUGCUUUGACUCGUAAAACAGAACCCUUUACCUGUACAUUUGCAGAGCAGGAGUUCCCCACGGUUGUAAUGGAUCAGAGCUCGGCAGAAAGAUACGUAGUUAGUGAGUCCAGUGAUUCAGAAUCGGAGAUUCUGAAACCAGACUACUACUCUUUGUAUGGCAAAGGCACAAAGUCACCUAGGGCCCGAAUCCGCUUGUCGUCUGGUAGUCUACAGCUAGAUGAAGAGGAAGAAGAUAUUUCUUUCACCAUGCCAGAUGCUGAAGAUAGGACUUUGCUGAAGCCAUGCAACUAUUUCUUAGCUUAA